AUGCAAAGAACUCAAUAUCACCAUAAAAAAUACACCCUGAAACGAUUAUUAAGAUUGGAAGAUUUGCCAAGACUUCCUAAGAUAAUUAUAAAACUUCCUCGACGUUCUAACGAAAACGAUUACGAUACUAGAAAGAAGAGAAAGAAGCGGAGAAGGAGGGAGUGUGAUGGUGAAUGGGAGGAAAGUGACUGCUCCAAAAGGAAGCGAACCAAUCGAGGGAAAGAAUGUUCUGGAUAUAAAAUACGCAUUGUGGAGCGAUCUCACGACGGGGAACGCAGAAGGGACCAAACCGAGGAGGAACGGAUAGAUUUAAGAAUGCUCUCGAAAAAACGUCGAUUAAUGAUGCAAUGGCAGGAAGGACAGGAGUAUCAAAACCAUGAAGGUGGUAAUUAG